AAUCUAACUAGUUGCUUUUUCCGAUUAACAGCAUAAAUUAAUAACAAUUAAGCUAAACUAUAUAAAAAGAUAUAAAUAAACAACAAUGUUAAGUAGUUUAAAGAAAAAAUUUAAUAAUGCUUUACAAGAGGCCUCUAUAAUAACCGAAAACUUGCAGCAGCAAUAUCGUCAACGUGUCACAACACCAGAGAGCUUAAGUAGCAGUCGCAGUUCUUUAGCAGCAUCUACUUUAGACUUGGGCGUACCAUCUGAUGUUAAUAUUGCUGCCGGUUGUAAUUUAUUGGCUAAAUAUGAAGAUGAUUGGAAAAUCAUUCAUCAGAAUAAUGUCGAAAAUGCCAAAAAAGCUCAAGAAGUUGCCAAACAAAUUCAGACUAUCGAAAAGAGUAUGACAAAUCAUCAUGUAGUGAUGACCGAUCUAAUACACUGUCUUGCUGGUAUUCCCGGACUUGUGGCCAAAUUAAAAACCUGCCAGGAAACAUUAAAUGAAGUUAAUAAUCUUAGUCAUAUAGUAGAUAAGGAAUUGGAGAAAUUGGAAGACUUGUGUGAAGAAUGUGAAUUGCAGGAGUAUAUAUUGGAAAAACAAUGUGAAAUAUCGAAAUAUAAACAAAAGAAAAUGGAGGAUUUGGAACUGUUUAGACAAAAAGUUGCUGCCGAACAUCAACAACGUAUUAAGGAUCAUGAGGGCAAUUUAAGAAAAAUCCAAAAGGAACGUCAAGCUGUAUUCGAUGAUGCUUUUCGUCACGAUUUAGAGGAAUUUAAACAAAAGGGUCAUAUACCAAAAAUUCAAACAAGUUUAACACAAGAGGUUUCCUUAGAAGAGGUGGUUUUAGAUGAUGCCGAAACAAAAGAUGCUUUGGAAGAAUUUUUAAAUGGUUAACUUGUAACACGGUAAAUUUAAGUGAAUUUAAAAUUAAGCAAUAUUCAUAAAGUGCCUAAGAAAACAAUAUACAUACAUACAAACAUACAUAUUCUUAUACAAACAUACAUACAUAUUUAGUAGUGCAAUAAUAUAUACAAAAGUAUUGUGUUUUAUAAUAAAGUGUACAUUAUAUUUAUAAAUUUA